AGGGGGCUGUGCAGAGCCCGGGCGGGAGAUGCUGGAGAGCUCAUCCGGCCUCACACCCUGCCCAGCCCAGGGAUUUGUCUGUCCUGAUCAAGCACUGGCUUCUGGGAGCAUCCCAGGAACAGGGAAUGAGGGACGAGUCAUGCCCUGGCAUCAGCUCAGUGUGGCCUUCCUGCCCAGGGAGGGGGACACAACCUCUGAGAGUUUCCAAACCAGAAACAGCAGAAAAACCUCUUCUCCAAACCACUCACGUGAAUCCAAACCACUGGAUUUCCACAGUAAACCUUCCCUGCUGGAAGCCUUGGAAAUCUGUCCUACUCUAGGAAUGAUUUCCCGAGCAGUGUUACGUGAUGGGGAGAGGACAGAGUGCAGAGUGUUUGGUCUUGUGCCUCACAGUUUGUCUCUUCCUGCCCUGUAACUCUCAGCACUGGCCUGGCUCCUGCUUGGAAUGCCCACACCACACAGGCUGACAUCCUCCAACAUCCCUGCCUGGAGAUUCCUGCUCCUGGAGCAGCUCCAUGGCUGUACUUUCCCCUCUCCCUGCACAGGGAAAGUCCCAGGACUGCAGGAAGGCAAAACCUCUGAGGGGAGAUGUGUCCUGUGAAGGUUCAGAGGAAGCAGACUUAGCCCCUGAAGGAGUAUUUGGAAGGGCUGGAAAGUUUUCCCACAGACUGGCUCUGCUGCAGCCCCUGUCCCCAGCACGUGCCGGGAAUGCCAGAGGACGAGAUCGUGUCCAUGGCCGACUCCACUGCCACCAUCGAUGACAUCGAGGGGGAGCUGUUCAGGAUCGAGCGGAUCCGAGAGAUCCUGGUGCGCAGGGAGUCGGAGCUGCGCUACAUGAUGGACGACAUCCAGCUUUGUAAGGAAAUCAGCCGGCUGAAAACAGAACUCCAGAAACUCCUGGCCCUGCCAGAGAACCAGAAAUCCAACGAGGAGAAGCAGAGGGAAGAGGAGCUGGUGCAGCAGAUCCACAAGCUGGUGGAAACUCGGGAUUUCCUGGUGGAUGAUGUGGAGUUUGAGAGGCUCAGGGAAAGGGAAGAAGACAAGGAAAUGGCCGAGUUCCUGCAGAGCAAGCUCUCCAAAAACUACCUCCAGAGAGCAACGUCUGUCCAAGAGAAGAUGACAUCAAGGGGACAGCAAACCUCGGCUCCCUACGUGACCAAGACAGGCCUGACCCUGCUCAAGGAGUGCUGUGGCUUCACCUGCUCCAUCAUGUAGGGCUGCCAGCCCUGGCACAGGACACGGCCGUGGUCUGCAGCCAGAGUCCACUCCCUGCUCUCCUCCGAGAGGUCCAACGUCCAUCUUUGCCCACAAUUCCCCUGCAGCAGCAGCACUGAGGGCCCCCAAGCUGGCUGGGCAGGUCUGGGUGCUGGCACAGGGCCUGAUGGCCCCACGUCCUCCACAACAGCACAGACACCACAUCCCACCUUGGCCUGGGAGCUGUGACAGCAGCACAGGAUGGAGCAUCCCGCACCUGGGCUGAGGGAUAAAAAACACUUGGAACUGCUGUUUGGAGAACAUCUUACUCUGCCCUGGGAGUGUCCAUGGGGUGGUUCCAUCCUGGAGCUGAUCCUGACCCGGAGCUGAUCCCAUACUGGACCUUUCUGCUCUUCCAGAGACUCUGCAGGGCUGCUUUGCUUGGCCCACAGGGAUUUGCUUUGAUCCACACACAGCAAAGGCUCCUCUCUGUCCUGCCCUCCCAGGGCCUUACUGGGACAGUGAAUGACCCAGCCAGUGAGUUUGGUCGGGCUGAGAGGGAGCCAAAGGCCAGGAAGAGCCCUAGAUUCCAGACUUGCCCCCUCUGGACCCAGCCUGGGUUGGAAGCAGAGCUGGUACAGGCAGGAGGACGGGCAGGGUCUGUCUGUGAGUGCCACCUGUGUCCCUGAGGCUUCUGAAGGAGGCUCAGGCUGCUCCCCUGGGCACAUGGGACUGCUGGAACUGCUGGGAAAGGUGCCCAGCCCACAGGACUGACACUGCUUCAUGUGCAUUGAUCUCAGCCCAAACCAAUAAAUGUCUGUUGGAAGCUCCGCAGGUGUUUUUCCUUCUGGGACCUUUUUAGGGGAUGGCUCAGCUGUGACACAGCAGGGUGGCUAAAGAGGAACAGAAACCUGAUGCUGAACAGUCAGGCUGGGCUUCGCAGCUCCCUGGAACGCCCAGAGCAGCUCCUGCUGCUGCAGCAAACCCCCCAACCCUUCCAUUUCUGGCUCUGAACCACAUUUCACUUCUGGAACCUCAGGGUCCUCCACCAGCCCUGACAGGGCAGGGGACAGCUGUGUCCCUGAUUGUCCCUCACAGGACAGGGCACAGCCAUGUCCCCAACUGUCCCUCACAGGGCAGGGGCCAGCCGUGUCCCCAACUGCCCCUUACAGGGCAGGGGACAGCCGUGUCCCCAGCCAUCCCACACAAGACGGGGACAACCACGUCCCCCAACCAUCCCUGACUUUUGUGACAGGUAGAAGAAUUAUAACAAAAAGGUCUCACACAAUCAGGUCUGCUCUAUUAAAUGAAUAGCUGGCCUGUCACCUCUUCUAAGUGUAGCUAAGCAAUUUGCAAGUUCCCAUGAGAAAACAGUCUUGGUAUGAAAGGUUUGUUCACACAACAACAUAUUCUUUGAUUGAAAAAUAAGUGCAUCCCUGUAAACAAUAAAAUCUGUUCCAUGAGAACCCAUAAAGAAAAAAUAUAAACAAUCUGAAUCUCAUCCCGUACACACAAAUCACCUUCUGACCAAAAAGUAAAGUGGUAAGAAAACUACCAGCCAAUGGGUGUUGCACACUAAGUCUGUGAAAACUGUAUAAAAUAAGUGAUGUGAAUAAAGAAUUGGU